AAGAGCACCUUUUAGCAUACUCUUCCUGUUAACAUUUUCAUGUCCAGGUGAAUGCUAGAAUUUAAUUGAACUUUUACCACGAAUGCUCUAAUAAGCUCUUAAGGGACAUGGUUAGCUAUAGAGCAUCUAGACUGGGGAGCUGACAGUGUAGGCGCUUAUUAAAAAGGGGACGGGAAAGAUUUAUUAGAGCGUUCUUGGUAAAUCUUCUGGGGAGAUAAAAUGUGCGAAGGGUUCCCUAAAAAAAAGGAUUGAUUGAAAAUUCAUUUCUUCUCCUUUAAUGAAAGCCUCGCGUUACUUGAUUAGGAUUUUUUUAAACACAUUGUUUACACGGCGCGAGUGUUUUUGUUCCUUAGGUAAAUCAAAAACAAAGAGUUAAUCCAGGUUCUGUUUCAACUGUUUGUUUCUCUUGUAAAAGGUUGAGGGGUCAAUAUUGUAUUUCAAUACUUGACAACCAAUUCUGUGCGGGCAUAGAUACUGAACGCAUAGCAACACAAUUUCAGAUUUUUCGUCGUGCGCCUCAGACUUCUGUAUUUCCAGCAAAAGAGCAAUUCUUUUCAUCACAAACGCGUUGAAUUCUUGGUAGAAGGAGGUAUUAUUUUACCACCUAGAGGAUCUUUGGAUCGUCAACAUUUUGAGCUGCAAAGAAUCACAAAGCGCGAGGAAUUAGCAUUCCUAUCGAUUGAAUCAUUUGGUUGAGUCUGGCGUGUUUCUAUUCCUGCUAACGCCGCUAUGAGUAGUGUGACGACACCAGGCGCGGAAUCAUCAUUUGAAAGUUCCAAGGACAGCUCACGUUCUCUUCCAUCCGCCUUUUUAUCAACAUACAACAGGGAAUAUAAAGGUUCUUUUGGUCCACCAGCGCCAGAUGCAAGAGUGCGAACUUCGCGUUUCUACCCUCCAGGACAACCAUCAGUUGACUCCACGUAUAGGACCGAUUUCCUAAGUCACCAGGGAAAACCUACAAUUAAAGUGCCUUAUGGGACAUCCUCUGGAGACAGGAGCAAUAACCCUCACCCUCAUAAUAUGGAGCAGGUGUUCGCACAUCCGAUUAAAGAUUAUUUCGUGUGGUCCCAUUACCGAAAGCUUCCCCCAGUUAAUUCUAAAGGGACAGAAUCCUCCACUAGCUCUGAGCUCCUUAAAAAAGUGUGCCAGGACAAGACUCGGUCGACUUAUCAACAGGAUUAUGUCCCUCAUAUUCAAGGGUUGGCUUGCAUUCAGUUGUCAAUUGCCAUGCCAUACCAAGGCGGGAGAUAUCUACCUCCCAUAGCAACUCCAAUUCAGACAACAUAUCAGAAGGACUACGUCAGUCAGUCAGUGGAACCCCCAAAAUCCUUUAAAUUCAGAUCUAUCAGCAACUUACCUCCGAUUAACUAUUCAAAUUAUCGUAAUGUAAGCAAAUCAACGAAGUACAGGGACGAGUACCAAGGAACUUUUGGGCCAGCAGCUCCGAGCGCCAAGCCACCCCCAUACGACUACCCUUCAGAGGACCCUAUUGGGGUAUCGACUUACAAGGCGAAUUUUAGAGAGACUAACUUUCCAAGACAAGGUCCUCACCCCACUUCACCACUGCGGAAAAACAAUCCACACCCAAAAACCAUGACCAAUGCGUUUAAUUACCCGAACAGGGGUUAUUGGGUAUGGCCACACAGACUGCAACCAAUAAAAUUUCAAUAACUCUGACUGAUGAUCACAGCUAAUAAAGUAACCUCAAGAUGUGUUUUGAAGAGUUAUGUUUAGGGAUACGUCAUUCUAUCUUGGGUCAUUUUAAUUUAAGCGCUACAGAGAAUUAACGAGUAAAUAAGCCUUAAAAUAAUCAUCCGUUUUCCAGGGUUGGUAGGCAAACGCUAAAAAAUAAAAGGUAAACGUGAAAGAGGAA